AUGCUUCGAGUUUUAGUUUUUUUACUUGCGGCUUCAUGUUUUACCUUUGCCACUGGAAAAGUACUAAAAGUGCCGCUUUAUGUGAGGCAAAAACUCAAUAGAAGUGAGCUAUUCUUCGCCUCAAAUUCAACCCAAGGAGGAGAGACACUUAAACUUCCGCUGCAGACUCGCACAAAUCUGGAAUAUUAUGGGACCAUUUCCAUGGGAACUCCGAGGCAGAACUUUAGUGUGAUCUUCGACACGGGAUCUUCCAACACUUGGUUGCCCUCUAUCAAUUGCCCGAAAAGUAAUUUUGCCUGCCAGAACCACCGGAAAUAUAACUCUUCGAGGUCCAGAAGUUAUAAGCCAGAUGGACGUAACUUCACCAUGCGAUAUGGAUCUGGCAGAGUGGUGGGAUAUCUAUCGAAGGACACCAUGCACUUGGCUGGAGCUGAUUUAACCGAUCUGACCUUCGGAGAAAGCCUCUUCCUGCAACACUUUGCCUUUAGUUCCGUGAGAUUUGAUGGACUGGUCGGCUUGGGCCUGGGAUCUUUAGCCUGGCCCAAUACAACACCAUUUCUGGAACUUCUAUGUGCGAAUCGUUUAAUUGAGAAGUGCAUAUUUUCGGUUUACUUCGGUCGAAAGGGUGGAGAGAUACUCUUCGGUGGCUUCGAUAGAUCCAAAUUUGAGGGAAAACUACAUUAUGUGCCGAUUAGCCAAUGGGAUUCUUGGAAUCUGGAAGUAACCAAAACAACGGUGGGAACGAAACAAAUUGGUGGAAUAAGCAAUGCCAUUUUGGAUACGGGAACUUCGCUGGUUUUAAUGCCCCAAGAUACGUACAAUAAUCUGCUAAAAGUCCUAUCAGCUAAAGUAGAAAAUGGCUAUAGUAUUCUGUCUUGUGAGAGGAAGUCGCUGCCCAAUAUCAAUAUUCUCAUCGGGGGCAAGGUAUUUCCCCUAACAUCCAGCGAUUAUCUGAUGGAGUUGACACUUGAUCGUAAAAAGCUCUGUGUACUGGCCAUUGCUCCCAUUAACAGGGGAUUUUGGGUGCUGGGGGAUAUCUUUCUGGGCCGAUAUUAUACGGUUUAUGAUGCCACUGAGAAGAGAAUUGGACUGGCCAAGGCGGUGCGAAGGGGUGGAUAAAAAU